UUCCAACUUGUAAAGUCGCAGAUCUGCUGCUAGGAAAAAUGUCAAAACUCUUGGGUCUGGCUCUGCCGCUCCUUCUGCUGCUCCUCAUGCUGCCGGGCCACACAGCUGGACGCUGCGAGCGUUCGACCACCCUGCAACAUGGCUCGAUAGUGAAUCGGAAUAGAAAUCUGGUGCGCUUUCGCUGUGAUCCUGGAUACUCGCUGCAAGGCAGUUCCAUUGCCACCUGCGGAACGGAUGGCCGCCUGCGCGGCGAACGACCCUUUUGUGCGAAACGUGGCUGCCCGGAGCUGCAGACGCUGGGGAACACCGAUAGCUUCACUCUCAACGGCCUGAAGGCCUACACCGUCUGCCACGAUGGCUUUGUGCUGGUGGGAAGCGGCUCUGCCUACUGCAAUGGCACGCAUUGGAACACCGCUUUGGGCAGCUGUCGACGCAGCAAUCACUCGUUGGAUCACUCGUGCGACUUUGAGAGCGAGGAUCAGUGCGGCUGGACGGCGGAGCAGUCGUACAUGCAGCCCUGGAAGCGCAUCAGCACUGUGGCGGAUUACCACUCGUAUCGCACGGGUCCGCGGCACGAUCACACCUUUCAGAGCAGCUACGGCGGGCACUAUAUGCGCAUGGAGACCAAGAGUGGAGCGUUCGGCAGCUACCACUUUAUGUCGCCCAUCUAUCCGCGGGAGCUGAGCCUGAAGACCGCCUGCUGUUUUCGGUUCCACUACCUUAUGUAUGGUGUGGGCGUGGAAAGUCUGGUAGUGUCCGUUAAGCCGAUCUCACUGUCCGUUCAAGACAUGUGGACUUCGUUCAAGGCCAAUUCUACGAAAUGGAAAGAGACUGGCAGCCAGGGCACCCAGUGGCUGGAGCACACCAUCUUCAUUGACGAAAUGGAGGAGGAUUUCCAGGUAAUCUUCACGGCCACCGAUGCCAGAGCGCGUUUCGGUGACAUUGCCAUCGAUGAUGUGCGCCUGAUGACGGGCCGGGACUGUGGUGUGGGUGAGUACACAACCACCCCGGAGCCCACCGUCAAGCCCGACAGCAGCGAGGAGCCAAUGGUCUUUGACAUGAUGAACUGCACGAAUCGGUGCGGGCAGCCGGGCAGCAGAUAUGUCCUCACGGAGGAUGGCAUACUCAAGGGCUGUGGGUGCAAUGAGGAGUGUGUGGAACUUGAAAAUUGUUGCCUCAAUUACAUGGAGGAAUGUGUUGUGAUGACUGAUGCGACUGCUGAGGAAGAAACAACAACUAUUGCAACGACAAAAACAACAACAACAACAACGACGACGACCAGAAGGCCAACAACUACAAAGCGAACUACAACAACGACUACAACAACACCAAAACCGACAACAAAACGAACUACAACAACAACAACGACAACUACAACACCAAAACCAACAACAAGGCGUACAACAACAACAACAGCAAAACCAACAACAACCACAAGGCGUACAACAACAGCAAAGCCAACAACAACGACCACGAAGAGAACAACAACAACGCGAAAACUUACACCAACAACAACAACAACGACUAGGAGACCAACAACAACGACACGGAAAACAACAACUAAACCAUUAACAACAACUACACCAAACACUACAACAAUCACACCAACGACAACGACAACUUCAACAACAGCAUCAUCAACAACCACACAAAAAUCAACUUCCGCUGCUGUUGUCAAUCCUCCUAAAGGAAAUCCAAUUUCCACUACAGAACGACUCAAUAAUCGCAUCUCGUGGACAGUGGAUCCGAAUGAAAUUGCUGGCAAUAUGGACAUCACAGGCAACUCCAACGUCAAUCCCGCCCUCGUCAUGUUGUACCUUCUGCUGGCCAUCGCACUGAUUGUUGGACUGGCAAAUGUCACCUAUCGCUGGAUCAUACCAAUGGCAGCGGCCACGCCCAGCAACGAGAAGGCGGUGGCAUUCCAGAAGGCCUUCAGUAAGCUGAGAAAAACGCGGGUACCGCGUCGCAAUCUGCCGCGGGAUGGUCAGGGUCAGCCGUUGUGCGAUACGGAUGACGAGGAUGGUGAUGACUAUUUCGAGAAUGAUGCCACCCGCUUCGAGGAAAUGGGCGUGGACAUACGAAACGUGACGGACCUUUGAACGAAAUGCGGGAAGUGCACACAAAGAACUCUCCUUCUCUAUCAAUAUGUGGGCUCUACCUUAACCCUACCCUUACCCCAACCCCUCUUCUUUCUUGUUUCUUAUUCUGUUUUUGUAUGUAUGAUUAUAUACCUAUUGUAUAGGUUAGGCAUCCUAACUCAUUUUGUGUAGGAAAGUAAUAAAAUAUGUAUGCAAAAGGC